AUGAAUACGAAUCUUAUAAUUCACGAUAAUGUCUCCCAUCACCCCCUCGGUUCGGGGUCGUAUUACUUCCAAUCCGGUCUGCUGGAAUAUCUCACUCAGUUGAUCGGGGAUGGAAAGCCCUGUAUCGAUGUUUUUGUCGGAGCUCAGCCAAAUUCGUCGCCCCAUAUCGGGAAUAUGACGAAUGUUUCGACCGCUUUUGCUGUAGCUAAAGGCCUGAAAAAACAUCAAGGGUCCCGUCUAGUAAGGGUAUCACUAGACCUGGUGGAUACCGCUCCAUACUCGCCAACCACUACCAAAUACGACGACGUGGUCUAUCAAAAGAGUCUUCGGUACCUCCAAAAGGCCACCGAGUCAAACUCUGACUUUGAAUCGCUCCUCGUGCAGUUGAGUGCAGAAUGUGGUGUUGAGUACCGGGUAAGAAAACAGACAGACAUACUCCAGGACCCUCACCUUCGAGAGAUCCUCCAAGACAUCGUCGCCCGCCGUGUUGAGAUCGCACCGUUACUCGAACCACGUUACAAGACUUUGGGAAUAAGAUAUGCUUGCCCAACACCAGAUUGCGGUCUGGCGGACAAGCACGGUAUACGAAAUGAAUACUUCGGGAAUCAGAUCAAGUUUCAGUGUCCAGUCCAUGGGAGCUAUCAGAUUGAUCUAGAGAAUGGAGACUUGAAGUUCCUUGAGUUCAAUACUCCAUUACGUGGCCUCAUUCGUUGUCGUCUCUUUGCUCAAGAUCCUGUCAGUAGUUGGGUUCAGAUCAAGGGAUCCGACUAUGCUGGUUUCUAUGCAGAGCAAAUGGUCUUGAGGCCACUCCAGGGAUUCUGCACGCCUAUCACGGUCUAUACGCCUUUGAUCAUGGAUUGGAGUGGUGCGAAGAUAUCGAAGAGUCUUUACGUUCGGCCGGAUGCGUACGAAUAUCUUCGUCUGUCUAAUCUUUCAUACUUGCUUAACUUCCGCGAGUUUUGCGCUGCUGGGUUUAAGAUUGGUACUUUGUAUAAGUUGGUUGAAAGGUGGAUAAAUGAACCGAAGCGGUUGUUUCGGCAUUAUACGAUAUAUCAAAUCCAUCAAGAAUUGCUUCAAAUAUUGAACAGUGAACGGGAGUCUCUUAAAGAGGUGGAAAAAGGGAAAUGA